UUAAACGGCAGCGCGUCUGAGUCUCUGCCGCUGCAUCGGCAACAGCAACAGCAACAGCAACUCCAACACCAACACCAACAACAUCACCAUCAUCAACAGCAGCACCAGCAUUCACCGCCAAAUGUAACACCUACUACAGUAGCGGCAAUAACUACUAUUACUAAUCCAUCUUUGAUUCAGACAGCAACUACGGCAUCAUCCUCAUUGUCGUCAUCAUUAUCACCUUCACCGUCACGAUUAUCAGCAAUUACAGCAACACCAAUAAGUGUCUACCAAACUCGUAUUUCAUCUGGUUCGUUACAUACUCCUGAGCCUCAUCUCUAUCCUCACUAUAUUACUUCCACAGAGUCCUCAAACUCUCAUUAUUCGCACUAUCAUCAUCAUCAUCAUCAUCAUAAUAAUCAUAACCAACCUAAUCAUGGUCAUGGUAAUAUUCGCAGUGGUAUUCCACCACCAGGAAUUCAUCCCACAUUAUAUUUGUACGCUCAGUACACUAAUACAACUUCUUCUAUUUCUUAUCCUGAAUAAAUCCAAGAUUCAGCGCAAUUAAAGCGACUAAUUUAUGCUAACAAUUUAACAUUUUAUUGUUAUUAUUACUAUUGUUAUUUAUAUUAUUACUAUGAUUAUUUAUAAUUUUUUUUUAAAAACAAUUAAAUAAUUUAUAUUGAAUGAAAGUAGUGAUAAUAAUACUUAAAUGAUAGCAUAAAUCGGUAUUCCAAAUCUCUAAAAUGGUAGCACUUUUUUUCCUUAUUUUCAAAUAUACGUAUGGAAAUAUGUAUUUUAUUAAUAAUGAUUAAUGAUAAUAGUAAUAAUAAAAAUAACAAUAAUAUUAAUAAUAAUGAUACGAUCAUCAUACAUAUUUAUAUUAUAUUUUUAAAGGAAUUUAGUCACUUGAAUCUGUGAUAUAGAUAGUAAUUAUUAUCAGCAAGAUUUAAAAUGAAAAAAAUGAAAAGAAAAAAAAACGUACCGAAAUAUUGGUUUAAUAUUUU